AUGAUGGAGCAAAAAAAAGCCCUGACUCUUCCAUUUACCGUUGACAAGGAUCACAUGAUGGAAAACCCACUUAAAAUCCCAGUGAAUUGCCUUUCAUCGGAGUGUGGAAAGUUAGAAGGACAGGUUUCCUGGACGACAUUUGCAGGCUGCAAAUACAAAUCCCGUAAUUCCCGUCAUAAAAAUGGAUCCACGAGGUUUGACCAUAGCCAUGCAACUUUCAUCACGCUGGAAAUGACCAGGAAGAAGCCACUUCUCAUCUUGACAGACGUCUUAAAGACAGAACAUGGCAAGAAUUAUAUAGAGAGAGUAAAAAUGAGAGGUGGCGUUCACACCAGAGGACAGCUGACAAGCACACAAAAGGAAAGUGGCGAUGACAGAGAGGAGCCUCGGACCUGCAGAAACAAUCGGUCCUGUCAGAAGGAAUUGAAUAAUAAUGAUAAAAGCAAAUGUUUAACUCCUAAAAGCAACCAAAAUACCACCCCCAUCUCCCCUCAAAGAGCAAGAAUCAAAAGAAGAUCACAACAGUCGGAGGAGAGCAACAAAGAAGAAAACAAAGAUAUUAAAGAGGUGGUAACUGGCCAAGACAGUAAAGAAGAGGAGUCUGCUAAAGUUAGAGAUGGUGUAAACGCAAAGUCCACUGAAGACGCAACAAGCUGUGACGAGUUUGCCUCAGAGAGCAUCAAGGACCAGUCGACAACUCCUGUAAAAGAAGCACCAACAAGUUCGCGAAAAAGGAAGAACUCUGGCUCCCGCUGCAAUGGAACAAGCAGCCCAAAAUGUCUCCGUGAGAAUGUGCUCCGCCUGUCGGGAGAAGAUACAAAAGCUGGAGAACAGGUCCCUACACCUGCUAACCAGGAGGAACAUGAAAAACAUGUGGAUCUGGAGAAUGUCGACCACUGCAUUGUACAGUUUACAGUUGGUGGAGAUGACGGGACGGAAGACUGGGUUCCAGUCACACCCUGUAAUUUGGAAGCUGAAGACAUAAUUAAAAACAAUGAACAAAGUUUAUCUUCCAGACAUGAAAGUACAUCUCAGACCAGUCCCACUGAACCCAUUGUUUUGUCCAGUGACGAUGAGGAGGGUCGGGAUAAUCCUCAGUGCCAGAGUAAAGUGGUCCACGCCGCGUCUGACUCAGUGAUACAAGGGAAGUCCUCACAGAAAGCUGUGUCUGAAGAAGAGGAGGAUCCAGCCAUACAGAACAUGCAGAUGUUGCAGUUAGUUGUUGACGAGUCUCCUCUCUCAGCGCCAGCCUCUCCCAUCCCUGAAGUGGACUUUUCCUGUUUGAGUGUGGCCUUUUUCACAUUGCACUGUGGACGGUACCAAGUGAGAUCGAACGGAGGCCUUACGGUAGCAAAACAUGAAAUCAUCAUUCCUCUGAAAGACAAGAAAGAGCAGCAGCAGGAGGAGGUGUUCAGUUUUGAACGUACAGAGCUGAGGAGGUACAGCGUUUGGGAUCAGCAGGAUCUGGAGCUCAGUGGUUUUCAGUUUGAAGGUGACGAGAAGCAUUCUUCUGGCAUCCUGCUGUUCUACGUGUCAGAAACAGCUGCUGCUGCUGUACAGCGGGACCUUUGCCAGCUAUGUGUCGAAGAUGAGGGAUCCAUAAAUACAGAAAAAGCCAGCCCCUUUAUUCUGCUGACUCUCAAAGAUCCUCUGGAGGGAAUGGAAGGAGCUUUGUUGCGCUCUGUGCUGGACAUUGACUGUAUCAACAAUAUGACACGCAUGCGCGCCAUUUCAGACCACAGUGAAGACAUUUUUGGUAAUUUUGUAGAUCUCAAAGCUCCUCUUCUUACUCUGGAUGAAAGCAUAGACCUGAUUGCAAGAACUGGACUGGACUCGCAUCUACUCUGCAUGCUGGGCAUACAAAGCACUGACACUGAACAAAGUAGGGACCAGGACAGUCCAAGCAAUGAUGAAGACGAGCUUCCUACAGCUCACAUCUGGGUGGACGUUGACCUUCAGAAGGAGCUGGAACCGGAACCAGAAGACACAGACGCAUUAAUCGAACCAAGUGAAGACACAGAGGCACAAACUGAACCAAAAGAAGACCAGAAGGAAGAAGAGCUGGAGAAUUCUGAUAGCAAAAAGAAGGAAGCCCAGCCUGUAUACACAGUUUGCCAUCAAAGAACAAAAGGAUCCUACUCUGUGUCACUGAGUAAACCGGACUCCAACUGGAUUAAAUAUAAGCAUCAGGGCGUGGCCCGUAGGUUGAUCCAGUUUCCUCCGCCGCCGUUGAAAGGAGGAAUAACCGUCACCAUGGAAGACCUGCAGUGCCUUGACAGUGGGCAGUACCUCAAUGAUGUCAUCAUUGAUUUUUACCUAAAAUACCUCAUCCAGAAUGCAUCUGCUGCCAUCGCUGAGCGCUGCCACAUCUUCAGCAGUUUCUUCUACAAGCAGCUGACGCGCAGGGACAACGCCAGCGAAGGCAGUAAUAGUGAAUUUUGUCAAAGGCAGAGGCGGCACCAGCGAGUGAAGACAUGGACUCGACACGUGGAGAUCUUUGAAAAGGACUUCCUGUUUGUGCCUGUCAAUCAGGAGGCUCACUGGUAUUUAGUUGUCAUUUGCUUUCCUUGGUUGGAGGAGCCAAAACAUGAAGACUGCACAGAAGAGACUCAAAGUGACGAGGAGGCUCAGGAAUGUAAAAGCUCUAAAGUUGAUACAGAAACCCUCUUGAUGCUAAACAGCAGUGACAGUGUGGACUCGGAGAAAGACACUCGAGAUGAAUCCACCAAAGAUCUGCCACCAUGUCCAGUUAGCUGCACUGAGCAAACGUGUGAGAGAAAGACGGUUUGCAAGAGGCCGUGCAUUCUCAUCAUGGAUUCCCUCAAACUAUCUCUUCAUGAGCGAGUUUUCAAACUUAUACGAGAGUACUUGCAGUCAGAAUGGGAGGCCCGUCGUGGAUCUUCACGAGACUUUGGUCCUGAUCAGAUGAAAAGCUCGCACUGCAAAGUUCCACUUCAGGACAACAGCAGCGACUGCGGCCUUUACCUUCUUCAGUAUGUUGAGUGUUUUUUAAAGGACCCCAUAGUGCACUUUGACCUGCCUCUUCAUCUUCAAAAGUGGUUCCCACGGCAACUGGUCCGAAAGAAACGAGAUGAAAUCCGGGAUCUGAUCCUAAACCUUUACCGACAUCAGAACCUAGAUAAUGUAGAGAAUAAGAAGCCCCCCUGCUGAGUGCACCACGUUCCUGUAGUUCUUCUACAGCCCUGCUCAUACUG